AUGUACUUCUUGAUUUGCAUUGCAAUCGUAUUACUCACAUGGCAAGUAUCUUUUCUCAUGCAUCACUCUGCAAUUCUGGAUUUCAUGUCGGAUCAGCUGUCUGGGCUUGAGAUUCUGCCGUGUGAAGUUUCAGCACCGCACGAGGCUUCAGACGGGGCAAAAGAGGCCAUGGAGAUGAGGCUGAGGGCGCUGGAGGGGCAGGUGGAGGAGACGAGGAGGGGAUUGGAGGAGGCUGAGAGGAUCAGGGCAGCAGAAUUGGUACUAGUGAAAGGGGAGCUGCUAACAGUGCGAGGCGAGCUGGUGACAGUAAGGGGGGAAUUGCUGACAACACGGGGUGAGCUGGCGACAGUGAAGGGGGAGUUGGACGCUUUGAAAGGUACUUUGUUAGGACCGAGAAAGGAGUUUGCUGAAAAGAGGGAGUGCUUGCAGGCAAAGCUGGCUUUGGAGGAGGAGAUGAAGGAGCUGAGGAAAGGAGUGAGUUUGGAUGAGGCGGCAGCGAUGCCAUGUCCAACACCGAAGCAUGUGGAGUUUGACGUGGAAGAGGAGCUCAGGAUGCGCCAAGGGAUUCAUAGAAUGGUUUGGCAGAGGUUUCAUGCGACCACGAUAUUGGACUUGACGGGACUUCCUUACCUCUCCGAUGCUAUCCUUGGCCAUGUGUCCACUAUGACUCACCUGAAGCGCAUUACUCUCGAUGGGUUAACACCGUUCAGUCCAGAAGGAAUCAAGCACCUCUACAUGAAGCAGCUGGAGAGCCUCGAGCUGACCAGCCAUGCCAUAACAGACAGCUGUUUGGAAGGCAUUGGAGCAGCAAGAAGCCUCAAAUCUCUCUAUCUCAAUGGAACCCGCGUGACUGAUGCUGGUCUGCAACAUCUGGCACCUUUGAGCAGGCUCCAAGUGCUUGUUCUUCCGAGUAUGAUCACGGAUACUGGCCUGGAGCACAUCCAGUGUCUAACUGCUUUGGAAGGGUUGGAUAUAUCCAAUUCCAUAGUGACAGAAAAGGGUGUGGCACUACUCAAGGGCUUACCUCGUUUGAGGCAAAUUAGGGCAGAAGGUCGCGGCUUGCAUGCACUCGUGUUGAGCAACCUUCCUGGUGUGGAACUAGUUAGCGUUGCUCUUAGUGAUAUGAAUUAG